AUGUCCGCAUGCCUUAACACCUACCUACGCAAUGCAAAUCCUCCGGUUUUUUGCUCCCGGACCUGCCGCAUUGCUUCUAUACUUGAAAACCGACACCCUCUCCAAGACUCAUCUCAGCCCCGACAUGCUACCAAAAACCGUCCAGACCGUACCAAAUCUCCAGAUAUAGCCAGAGGCCAAAAAUUCGUGCAGGAGCUGGGUUUAGCGAAUACCCGAGAUUUGGUAACCAUGAUCCGCUGGAACGUACGGUUUGGAAUCCGCUUCAUGAGAAUCAGCAGUGAGAUGUUCCCCUUUGCGAGUCAUGCAGAAUAUGGAUAUAAACUAGCUCCGUUUGCAUCCAAGGCCCUAGCUGAGGUAGGAGCUGUUGCCGCCGAACUUGAUCAUCGUCUCACUGUUCACCCUGGUCAGUUUACUCAACUUGGCUCACCACGCAAGGAAGUGAUCAGUAACUCCAUCAGGGAUUUAGCGUACCAUGCAGAGAUGCUAAACCUCUUGAAUCUACCGCCUCAAAUGGAUCGUGAUGCUGUUAUUAUUCUGCACAUGGGUGGCACCUUUGGAGACAAAGAGAGAACUCUCAGUCGGUUCAGAGCGGCUUACUUGGGCCUGCCUCGGGAUAUCAAAGACAGGCUUGUCUUGGAGAAUGAUGAUAUGAGCUGGACUGUGCAUGACCUUCUACCUGUAUGCGAGGAAUUGAACAUACCCUUCGUCCUGGACUAUCACCACCAUAAUAUCCACUUUAAUCCAGACCAGAUUCGGGAAGGCACCCUCGAUAUAAUGACGCUUUAUGAUCGGAUAAGAUCAACGUGGAUAAGAAAAGGAAAAACACAAAAGAUGCAUUAUUCUGAGCCCACCCCAGAAGCAAUAACCAAAGUGCAGCGACGGAAACAUAACGCCAGAGUGUCCACACUCCCACCCUGUGAUCCAACUAUGGAUCUCAUGAUUGAAGCCAAAGAUAAAGAACAGGCUGUUUUUGAGCUUAUGAAGAUCUAUAAACUCCCUGGUUUCGAAAAAAUAAACCACGUCAUUCCACAUUACAGGGAAGAUUGGGCGAAAACUCCUAAGAAAACUCACAUUCUCGUUGGGACUAGCCAGCAAAAGCUCGAUCCCGAAGAGGUAAACAUGGGGGGCCCAUAUGGUCGGGUUUACUGGCCUCCAGGGAUGGAAGAAUGGCUCCGCCCUCGAAAGCGCAGGCUAAUACCUAAAGCCAGACCCCGCGUGCGUGGGGCGAAGAAGAAAGAAGGGGAGUCAUCUCUAGAAGGAGAAGGCGAAGACGAUUUAACACUCACGAAUACAUCGUCAGGAGAAGAGCAACCAGCGAAACGACGAAAGACCACAGCAAAAGGUGAAGGCCAAGAGAUCCAGAGCGCUGAACAAGCUUUUGGAAGGAAGUUGCGAGCAAGAAAAAAUGUUACGCUGUAA